UUGUAGCCACGCUUUUCACGACCUGUAGUUAAAAUUCUUGGAAACACACUUCCACACAAUAAAUCUAAUACAACAGAAAUCCCAUUCCAACACAUUAGCAAUUAGCAAUACCUCUCUCUCUCUCUCUCCUUUCACAGCCAUAAACAACAUAUUCUUAGAAUCUUCGCUCACCCAAUCUUGAGCCUGAGCACCACUACUGCUAGCUACUCUUAUUAUUCUCAACAAAAGCAAGUUGCAAAGAAAGUGAAGAGAAAAAGAGAGGACCCUUCAUUUGGGUGACCACAAUAAUAGGAAAAAGAUGUGUGUUCAGGAUGCAGAGCAAGUAAGUGAGGGAAUGGAAAAUAUAGGCAUCCCAAGAAAUGAUGAUAGUGGGAGUGAGGAAAGUGUCAAGGAUUUGCCUUUGCAUUCCCAAGUUGAUUUCAACACUGCCCAGAAUGAGAAUUGGGAUACCAAGAACUCAUCAGCACCCUCUGAUCCUGUUGUUGCUGGAAGGAAUUCCUUCCCUUUAGAGAGCAUUUCCGAAGACUCAACCAUUGCUGACCGAAGGCAGAUCCUGUUGAAUAACUUUCUCCCUGCCCUUCGGUCAGGGGAGUGGUCAGACAUUGGAGGUCGGUCAGACAUGGAGGACACUCAUAUUUGUAUCCCAGACUUGGCUAGGAAUUUUGGUUGCACUGGCAGUGAUGAGGAAGUUAUUUCUUUCUAUGGCGUCUUUGAUGGGCAUGGUGGGAAGGGUGCUGCUCAGUUUGUCCGGGACCACUUACCUCGAAUUAUUGUUGAGGAUGUUGAUUUCCCAUUAGAACUUGAGAAAGUGGUCACAAGAUCUUUCAUGGAGACUGAUGCUGCCUUUGCCAAAUCUUGUUCUGUUGAGUCAACGCUGUCGUCUGGAACGACUGCCUUGACUGCGAUGAUAUUUGGCAGAUCAUUGCUUGUGGCAAAUGUUGGAGACUGUAGAGCUGUCUUAUCACGCUGUGGAGUUGCUAUCGAGAUGUCAAAAGAUCAUAGGCCUUGUUGUGUACACGAAAGGUCGAGGAUCGAGUCCCUAGGUGGAUAUGUUGAUGAUGGUUAUUUGAACGGGCAGUUGGGUGUCACCCGAGCUUUAGGUAAUUGGCACAUUAAAGGGCUGAAGGAGGGGGAGAAAGGUGGACCUCUCAGUGCAGAACCAGAACUCAAGUUAAUGACACUUACUAAAGAAGAUGAGUUCUUGAUAAUUGGUAGCGAUGGAAUUUGGGAUGUCUUCCGAAGCCAGAAUGCAGUAGAUUUUGCGAGGAGGAGACUCCAAGAGCACAAUAAUGUUAAGUUAUGCUGCAAAGAUAUUGUAAAUGAAGCAAAAAAAAGAGGGGCUACGGAUAACUUGACAGUCGUAAUGGUAUGUUUUCACUCUGAACCACCGCCUGCUAUCGUGGUGCAAAGACCCUCAAGAGUUCGGAGGUCCAUUUCUGCAGAAGGGCUUCAGAACCUUAAGUUUCUGCUUCAAGGCUAAAGCCACACUUCAUUAUUCAUUUGUUCCACGAUUUCUUACAGGCAUGAAAAUGAUAAUAAUUUGAUGCUCUCAGCAACUUGUAAAUAUGCCAAUUGAUACACAAUUGUUCCUUUGUAAAACUUCCAUUUGGUUGUCCGAUGGAUUUCUAAACAGGGAAUAAGACAUGAGGAGACUAGCAUGUUGUUCCAAGGUAUAGGAAGACCACGUGUACAUAAACACUGAUACAAACUGUAUGGCCAUUUUUAUGAUAAACUGAA